AUGGAGGAAACAACAGUUGUUUGUGUUAUCGGAGUAGCAGGGAUCUUGACGAUAUACAUAUGGCGACUUUUGAAUUUCUUGUGGUUUAAACCGAAAAAGAUGGAGAAGUUUCUAAGAGAUCAAGGACUCAAAGGCACCCCUUACCGAUUCAUGGUCGGAGAUUCGAAAGAGUUGGAGAACAUGAUAAACGAAGCCAACUCUAAACCUAUGAGUCUAAAUCAUGAUAUCACUCCUCGUGUAUUGACACUCUUCCAUAAAUCCAUCAUUACUCACGGCAAGACUUGUUUUACAUGGAUGGGGACAAGACCUAUGGUCAACAUAUCUGAACCCACAAUGAUGAAAGAGGUCUUGGCUAAUUAUCAUCAAUUUCAAAAGCCAAAGGGAGGAAACCCAUUAAUAGAGUUGCUAGGAAGAGGGUUGAUCAAUGUCGAGGCUGAUCAAUGGAUUAAACAUAGAAAAAUCAUCAACCCUGCUUUCCAUGUCGAGAAGCUCAAGCAUAUGGUUCCUGCAUUUUUUGUGAGUUGCGGUGAGAUGAUUCACAAAUGGGACGAAAUGGUAACGAAAGAGAGCUCGUGUGAAGUGGAUGUAUGGCCUCAUCUUCAAACACUUACAGCGGACGUGAUUUCACGUACAUCGUUUGGUAGUAGUUUUGAGGAAGGAAGAAAGAUAUUUGAACUUCAGAGAGAACUAGGGGAGAUGACUAUGAAAGCUGCAAUGUCAAUUUACAUUCCUGGAUCAAAAUUUUUGCCUACCAAAAAAAACAAGAGGAUGAAAGAGAUUGAUCGGGAAGUGAAGGCUUCGAUAAAGAGUAUAAUUGAUAAACGAGUUGUUGCUAUGAAGGCCGGGGAAAGUAUCAAUGAUGACCUUCUGGGCAUUCUUUUGGAUUCCAAUUACAAAGAAAUUAAACAACGAGGAAAUAUCAAUUUUGGCUUAAGCAUUGAGGAAGUCAUCGAAGAAUGCAAACUUUUCUAUUUUGUAGGACAGGAAACCACCGCAAAUAUGCUUGUUUGGACUAUGAUUUUACUAGGUCAACACAAGGAGUGGCAGACACGAGCUAGAGAGGAAGUUUUACAGGUUUUCGGACAAGAAAGACCAGAUAUUGAUGGGUUGAAUCACCUAAAAAUUGGCAACAUGAUCUUCAAUGAAGUUCUUAGACUAUAUCCAUCUGCAAUAUUGCUACGACGAUCAGUACAUGAAGAAACCAAAUUAAGAAACAUAAUCUUGCCGGCAGGAACCCUCAUUCAAUUAAACACGUUGUUUUUACACCAUGACCAAGAUAUAUGGGGUGAAGAUGUGAACGAGUUCAAGCCCGAAAGAUUUUCUGAAGGUGUGCUAAAGGCAACCAAGGGGCAAGCGUCAUAUGUCCCAUUUGGAGGUGGCCCACGUAUAUGUGUCGGACAGAAUUUCGCAAUGCUAGAAGCUAAAAUAGUGUUUGCAAUGAUUCUGCAACGCUUCUCUUUUGAUCUAUCUCCGUCAUACUCACAUGCUCCACACGCUAUAAUUACUUUAAAACCUCAAUUUGGCGCUCACUUGAUUUUACACAAACUUUAG